GGCUCGGUGCGCGUGCGCAGCAAACAGCUGUCACCCUGUGCGGAACAAGUCUCCCAAAUUUCCCAAAUCUCCCUGGGCGGGAGACCACCGUCUUUCUCUUCUUACUGGGGAUCCUGUCCUCGCCCCAUCCGCGCGCCAGAGACUGUGGCAGCCAUCAUGGAGGUGGUCGAGGCGGAGAGUCCUCUGAACCCCAGUUGCAAGAUCAUGACCUUCAGACCCUCAAUGGAGGAGUUCCGGGAGUUCAACAAAUACCUUGCAUAUAUGGAAUCUAAAGGAGCCCAUCGAGCUGGUCUUGCAAAGGUGAUUCCUCCUAAGGAGUGGAAGCCAAGAAAAUGCUAUGAUGAUAUUGAUAAUUUGCUUAUUCCAGCACCAAUUCAGCAGAUGGUUACAGGGCAGUCGGGACUAUACACUCAGUACAACAUCCAAAAAAAAGCCAUGACUGUGAAGGAGUUUAGGCAACUGGCUAACAGUGGCAAAUACUGUACUCCAAGGUACUUAGAUUAUGAAGAUUUGGAACGCAAAUACUGGAAGAAUUUAACCUUUGUGGCCCCUAUCUAUGGAGCAGACAUUAAUGGGAGCAUAUAUGAUGAGGGUGUGGAUGAAUGGAACAUAGCUCGCCUAAAUACAGUUUUGGAUGUGGUUGAAGAAGAGUGUGGCAUUUCUAUUGAGGGUGUAAAUACCCCUUACCUCUAUUUUGGCAUGUGGAAAACCACCUUUGCAUGGCACACUGAAGACAUGGACCUCUACAGCAUUAAUUAUCUCCACUUUGGGGAGCCCAAGUCUUGGUAUGCAAUACCUCCGGAGCAUGGAAAACGACUUGAAAGACUAGCUCAAGGAUUUUUCCCAAGCAGUUCUCAAGGGUGUGAUGCAUUUCUUCGUCACAAGAUGACACUGAUAUCUCCUUCAGUAUUGAAGAAAUAUGGUAUUCCCUUUGACAAGAUAACCCAGGAGGCUGGAGAAUUUAUGAUCACUUUCCCUUAUGGCUACCAUGCUGGUUUUAAUCAUGGUUUCAACUGUGCAGAAUCUACAAAUUUUGCUACUGUCAGAUGGAUUGACUAUGGAAAAAUUGCUAAAUUGUGCACCUGCAGGAAAGACAUGGUGAAAAUUUCAAUGGAUAUCUUUGUAAGAAAAUUUCAGCCAGAUAGAUAUCACCUUUGGAAGCAAGGAAAGGAUAUAUACACCAUUGAUCACACAAAACCUACUCCAGAAUCUACUCCUGAAGUAAAAGCAUGGCUGCAGAGGAGAAGGAAAGUAAGAAAAGCAUCCAAGAGUCCUCAGUGCACCAGUUCUCACUCUAAGAGACCUAAGAAUGAGGGGAAUGAGGAAGUGCUGGUGGCUUCUGUCGAGGGGAUAGUGGGACCUACAGCUCAUGGAGACACAAAUGACCUCAAGGUCAGUGAAAAGACAGAAGAAUCAGCUAAGCUGGGGAACAUAGAAGAAUCUUUAGAGGAAAAGGCUUCUGCUAUCAAGAUGCAGCUGGAUCGGAAUUUAUCCAAUAAUGCUAGGCUCUCUGGAAACAACUGCUUAAGCACAUCUAUAAAAGAGGAGAUAAAAGCUGAGGAUCACCAAGCCUUUGCCAUAAUUCCACCUUCGAAUCCCAAUGAGGCUGAUUCCAUAUCUAGUGGCCAUAUAAUGUCUGAAGAAUCAGACCCACCCAAGAUUCCAUGGCCAAAGUCACCUGAGUCAUGCUCCUCAGUGGCAGAGAGUAAUAGUGUGUUGACAGAGGGAGAAGAGAGUGAUGUGGAGAGCCGCAGGAGUGGCCUUGAACCUGGGGAAGUCCAGGUCAUCCCCAGUGGAGAGAGAAAUGGCUUCAAAGUCCCCAGUAGAAUAGAGGGAGAGACCAAAACGGCUAAAAGCUGGCGCCAUCCACUUAGUAAGCCUCCAGCAAGAUCCCCAAUGACUCUAGUGAAGCAGCAAGCAACAAGUGAUGAAGAAUUGCCUGAAGUUCCAUCAAUGGAGGAGGAAGUCGAAGAAACAGAGUCUUGGGCAAAGCCUCUUGUCCACCUUUGGCAGACGAAGCCCCCCAACUUUGUGGCUGAGCAGGAGUAUAAUGCGGCCAUAGCCAAAAUGGAGCCCUACUGUGCCAUCUGUGCUCUCCUUAUGCCCUACUACAAGCCAGAGAGCAGCAAUGAAGAAAAUGAUUCUAAAUGGGAGACAAAAUUAGAUGAAGUGCCUACUUUGGGAGGAAAAACCAAACCCCUUAUUCCAGAGAUGUGUUUUAUUUAUAGUGAAGAAAAUAUAGAAUAUACUCCUCCUAAUGCCUUCUUGGAAGAGGAUGGAACAAGUCUCCUGAUAUCCUGUGCAAAGUGCCGUGUGCAGGUUCAUGCAAGUUGCUAUGGCGUUCCUUCUCAUGAGAUAUGUGAUGGAUGGCUAUGUGCUCGGUGCAAAAGAAAUGCAUGGACAGCGGAAUGCUGCCUCUGCAAUUUGAGAGGGGGUGCUCUCAAGCAAACUAAGAACAGCAAGUGGGCCCAUAUCAUGUGUGCAGUUGCGGUCCCAGAAGUUCGAUUCACUAAUGUCCCAGAAAGGACACAAAUAGAUGUAGGCAGAAUACCUUUACAGAGAUUAAAAUUGAAAUGCAUCUUUUGUAGACACCGGGUUAAGAAGGUCUCUGGAGCCUGCAUCCAGUGUUCCUAUGGCCGUUGUCCAGCCUCCUUCCAUGUCACAUGCGCUCAUGCUGCUGGGGUGCUAAUGGAACCUGAUGAUUGGCCAUAUGUGGUGAACAUUACAUGCUUUCGACAUAAGAUCAACCCAAAUGUGAAGUCCAAGGCUGGCGAGAAGGGCAUCUCCGUGGGGCAGACGGUCAUCACGAAGCACCGGAACACCCGCUAUUACAGCUGCAGAGUGAUCGCCGUGACCUCACAGACCUUCUAUGAGGUUGUCUUUGAUGAUGGCUCCUUUAGCAGAGACACGUUCCCUGAGGAUAUUGUGAGCCGAGACUGUGUGAAGCUGGGCCCUCCUGCUGAGGGAGAAGUUGUCCAAGUCAAGUGGCCUGAUGGGAAACUCUAUGGAGCAAAAUAUCUUGGGUUGAAUGUCGCUCAUAUGUACCAGGUUGAAUUUGAAGAUGGAUCUCAGAUAGCAAUGAAGAGAGAAGACAUCUACACUUUAGAUGAAGAGUUACCCAAAAGAGUGAAAGCCCGUUUUUCCACAGCCUCUGAUAUGCGAUUUGAAGAUACAUUUUAUGGAGCAGACAUAAUCCAAGGGGAGAAGAAGAGACAAAGAGUGCUGAGUUCCAGAUUUAAGAAUGAAUAUGUGGAUGACCCAGUAUACCGUACUUUUUUGAAGAGCUCUUUCCAGAAGAAGUGUCAGAAAAGACAAUAGCCCACCCUGCUGCAGACUAAGCAGAUGUGGUCCAAAGAAGAUAAUUGAAGGGAUGGUCCUGGGACUGUGCCGUGUGUUUCACUUGGGUAGGUGAUGAGGUGUGUCUCUGACAGUGGAAAAUUAGGCUUUUCAGAGUUUGGUUACCAAAACCAUAAAGUACACACAUUACCAAUUGGAUACAAUUCCAAAUCAUCCUUAAGUCUUGCUUUCAUUUGUUAGCAGUUGUCCUUUAUGAUCCCAAAGAAUUUUUCUAAGUGAAAGGAAAUAAUAGUGAAUCACCCACUAAGAAAUGUCACUGCUGACAGGAGGUGGCUCCCAAUGUAUGGCUUAGACCCCUUGUCAAGAAACACAUGGACACUUCUCACUCAGACUGCAGCAGGAGGGAGCCUUGAUAUCCAGGGCCAGAGGGUAGGGCUGAUAAUUUAUAUAUUUUCCACAGUCAGGGAGUACUCUCGCUUAUUUGUUUCAAAUGGCAGUUUUUAUAAAACAUUUUUUAAGCCACAAAUGGUAUGUAUGGUAAUGAGAUUUGCCCGCGUGCUAUCUAUAUUUCCCUUGUACAGACUUUUACAUUUUUUUAUAUCCCUAUUACUUUUGAUUGCAUCUGAUGAGAAAUGACUUGUUGGCCUUUGUGAAAUUUUUGGCUCUUGAGAAAGAAUUCUUAUGAAUUGUAUGGAAAUUUUAUAUAUUUAAGGAGGGAGAUCUGGGGCUAUUAUUUUUAAACACUUUU